AUGCUGAACCCAAAUUCUCUGCAGGAUAUCCCUGUGAAGACUGAGUACUGGGCGCCGAAUGAUGAAAGAGAGCAAGAUGCCCUUGACUUCAACCACUACUGGAUGACCGACUUACUUGGUCAGAAGUUGACCCUCGCACCCAUUGGCGACAAUCCCCAAAAUGUCCUUGAUCUGGGCACCGGUACCGGAAUUUGGGCAACCGACUUUGCCGACAAAUACCCCACAGCCGAAGUUAUCGGUAUCGAUAUCUCCCCUAUUCAGCCUGGCUGGGUACCGCCGAACUGCAAGUUCCAGAUAGACGACUUCGAGCUGGACUGGACGUUUUCCCACCAGUUCGACUUGAUCCACAUCCGCAACCUUGAAGCUGGCGUUUCCGAUUGGCCCAGGCUGUACAGACAGGCUUUUAAGGCUACCAAACCAGGUAGCUACAUCGAAGUGAAGCAAAUCGACAUCGAGUAUCAUUCGCAAUCAGUGGAAGUUACAGAAGAGCAUAUUUUCCGAAGAUGGUACAAGGCGAUGACCGAGUCCACCGACAAGAUGGGAAAGACACUCAAGAACGUCGACAACCACGGCAUUGCUAAGGGCAUCACGGAAGCCGGGUUCGUGGUUGAGGAAGAGAAGGUCUGGAAGAUUCCGAUAGGCGGCUGGAGCAAAGAUCCUGCGCUGAAGAGACUGGGGGCCUGCACUCUGGAAUACAACGAUUCCAUGCUGGAGUCUUUUGCGCUUUACCUGCUGAAGGAGGUGCUUGGAUGGGAGUACACUGAGAUCAUGGUUUUCGUUGCUGAAAUGCGAAAAGAGCUUCGCAACCCAAAGAACCAAGUGUUUUAUCACCUUCAUCUGGUUUACGGGAGGAAGCCGGAAGAAACCGAAGAAACGGCUGCUGGGCCUUCCACCAACCCGGUCGCACCCACUGCCUGA